GUCCAGAUGGUGUGGGUGUUCCUCAUGAACCGGAUGGGGUCUCAGGGCAGCACAGUGGCCCAGCGGAGACGCACGGCCCUGGGGGUGGUCAUCCUCCUGCUGGUGGAUGUCAUCUGGGUGGCCUCCUCUGAGCUCACCUCAGUAAGACACUAGCACUUCCUGUAGUCCCCUGGUUCCACAGGCCUACUUAUUCUUAUAUUUGCUUUUUAGCUUGGAACUGAUUGGCAGGUGCACUCUCCAGACAAUCCGAGGGUGCACAGGGGGACUUGAAAACCAGCAACACUGCAGAACUGGAUGGCCUGGGUUAGGCAACCCUUAUUUUGGCUAAUAUGCUAAAGUUUAAGACUAGUGCUCAAUUAUAAGACAAUGCUUGACCCCUAACCCCUACCCCAUAGAUUUAAAAGGGUUGAAUAGAAAUAUGGUAGGAGCUUCACCUUGCCUUCUAGUGGGGUCAUGUUUUUGGCAUGUUGCUAAUAAUAUAUGUCCAGCCUUUUCAGAACUACACAAGUAGGGACUAGGGGGCAGUUUUGAAUACUAGGAAUAGCCACAUCUCAGUAGUUUCAAAGUGACCUCUCCCUAUUUAUUUAUUUUUAUCUGCACUGGAUUGGUUUUAAGUUCCAGACAUUAAGUCAUAUUAGUAUUUUCUCUAUUUUCCCCCAGUACAUAUUCAAGCGGCAGGAGUACAACAAGCCCUUCUUCAGCACAUUCACCAAGACCUCCAUGUUUGUGCUGUACCUGCUGGGGUUCCUGCUGUGGCGGCCAUGGAGGCAGCAAUGCACGGGCAGUCUCCAGGGACGACACGCAGCCUUUGUACGAAUAGCACUGAUGUCUCACAACCACAGGGGGGCAAUGUUACAUCGUUGUUUCCAUCUAAAGAUGAAUUGUUGCUUAGUGCUGUAUCUUAGUAGUGGUAUUUGAUACUAAGGUAAUGUUGAUUUGCUAACCUACAGCACCUCUCUCCACAGUUUGCUGAUGCCGAGGCCUACUUUACCCCCUGUAUCAAUGACACCAGUUUGAAUGACCAUACCCUAGUGAGUAUAAUUGAUUAGCUUUUUGUAUUCUCUCUUACUCUCGUUUAGAUUUUACUGUUGGCUGCCUGAAUAUACUGUAAUGAAUGGGAUGAUUAUAAGUAAUCCUUUUAGUUGAGUGCAUUAGUUGAAGUCUAUAUUUCUUUCUUCAGAGUGAACCCCUGUAUGUUCCAGUGAAGUUUCAGGACCUUCCGACUGAACAGACAAACUGUGCCAAUGGAGAUUGUGAUUCCAGUGAGUAUUAACAUUUUUUUUUUUUUAUAGAGAAAUAACAUCUUUAGAAGACAGCAUUCAAGGAGCAUUCAACCCCCUUUGCUUUUUCCACAUUUUGUUGCGUUACAAAGUGGGAUUACAUUUUUUUUUGUCAACGAUCUACACCAAACACUCAUGUCAAAGUGGAAGAAAAAUUCAUGAAAAAUAAAACACAUAUAUCUUGGUUAGAAAAGUAUUCAGCCCCCAGAGUCAAUACUGUGUCUCCCGAGUGGCGCAGUGGUCUCUGUGCCACUAGAGAUCCUGGUUCGAAUCCAGGCGCUGUCGUAGCCGGCCGCGACCGGGAGACCCAUGGGGCGGCGCACAAUUGGCCCAGCGUCGUCCAGGGGAGGGAAUGGCCGGCAGGGAUGUAGAGCAUGGUGUUUGCAAAGCCAGGGUUGUGGGUUCGAUUCCCAUGGGGGGCCAGUAUAUAUAUAUAUAUAUAUAUAUAUAUAUAUAUAUAUAUAUAUAUAUAUAUAUAUAUAUAUAUAUAUAUAUAUAUAUAUAUAUAUAUAUAUAUAUAUAUAUAUAUAUAUAUAUAUAUUUUUAAAUAAUGUAUGCACUAACUGUAAGUCGCUCUGGAUAAGAGCGUCUGCUAAAUGACUAAAGUGUAAAUGUAAUCAUGGAUCUAGUUCAGUCUUAUCAAUCACCUAAACAUAUAUUUAAUAAUCUCUUACCUAGCUUGAUGACUGUGGGCAUUUUUGCUUACUUUUUGUUGUUCUAAAUAGAGAUGGCUAGAAGGGCCAUUGGUCAUAUUAGAUUGUGUAGAAAUGUGCAUUAGAUGUUAGAAACACCUUUGGCAGCAAUUAUAGCUGUAAGUCUUUUUUGGUAAGUCUCUAAGAGCUUUGGACUAGAGGUGACAACUAGACCCGUUCCGUAUAGACCUGGUCAGAUCCAGACCUGAUCCGAGAAAGGGUAGCAGCAGAAAAAUCUUUUUUUUUAAGCUACUUUAUGAAUAGGAGUUGAUAAAGCGCGAGAGGAGGGAGAGAGUGGUGCUGCUCUAGCAGGUGGGGUAGGGGCCGUAUUGUGAGCGAGUGACACAGGGAGGAGGGAGGGAGAGACAAGGGACAGCAACCAACCAAGCCGAUUUGCACUAUAGUAGACUAAUAGCUGCCAUAGCUAGGUUAUUUAUAAUCAAAUAUGAUUACGUAGUACCUGUCUUUACUGCAUCAAUCCGGGAGAAGCUAGCUAACGUUAGCUAGCUAGGCUAAUUGAGGCUGCAGUGUAUGCACUUUCUCAUCCUACAGUUACAACUAACAACAACUCCAUUCAGAAUAUUAAGUAGCAGCCUACCUGUUGGCUCUUGGUCAUUGUAGCCUGUCCUUCUCCUUUAACUUUUAAGUCCGUCAUUUUAAUUCCAUCUUCCAUUGAUUAGAUAUCUCCUAACUUUUGCCACACAUGGAGGCUCUAUGACUGUAGCCUAUUGCCGCUUUAUUGACUUGUGAUUGGCCAACAGCAAGCUACACGCGCCACGCUCCACUCUCUUGAAAAGCAAGAGUGGCAGCAUAAAUUAUCUCUGUUUCUCUACUGCAGCAGUCGCAUUCGGAUCUGUACGGGCCCUUCUGGACAAGUCAGUUAAAAUUACACAUACCCGAGACCCGUGACAAUCAUUUCUGAUCCGACACAGACCUGUGACAUUAUUUAGAAUACUGGAUCUGUCUUCCAAUGCUUUGUAUUCAGGAUAAAAAGUUAAUUUCUUUGCCACAUUCUUUGCAGUAUUGCAUUAAUGCCUUAUUGCAAACAGGAUGCAUGUUUUGGAAUAUUUUUAUUCUGUACAGGCUUCCUUCUUUUCACUCUGUCUUUAAGGUUAGUAUUAUGGAGGAACUACAAUGUUCUUGAUCCACCCUCAGUUUUCUCCUAUCACAGCCAUUAAGCUAUGUAACUGUUUUACAAUUACUUUUGGCCUCAUCGUAAAAUCCCUGAGCGGGAACUGAGUUAGGAGGGAUGCCUUUAUCUUUAGUGACUGGGUCUAUUGAUACACCAUCCAAAGCCCAAUCAAUAACUUCACCAUGCUCAAAGGGAUAUUCAGUGUCUGUUAUUUGUAUAUAUAUAUUUUUACCCAUCUACCAAUCUGUGCCAUUCUUUGCAUGGCAUUGGAAAACCUCCUUGGUUUUUGUGGCUGAAUAUGUGCUUGAAAUUCACUAUGCGCCCGAGGGACCUUAAAGCACAUUUUUACUCCUGAACUUAUUUAGGCUUGGCAUAACAAAAGGGUUGAAUACUUAUUGACUCAAGACAUUUCAUCUUUUCAUUUUUAAUUAUUUUGUAAUAAUUUAUAAAACUAAGAACUUUGACAUUAUGGGAUAUUGUGUGUAGAUUAGUGAUACAAAAUCUCAAUUUUAUCCAUUUUAAAUUCAAGCUUUAGAAGUUGUCAGGCCAGUGUGGAAAAGGUAAAUACUUCCUGAAGGCACUUACAUUUGCCAGAUACAAAUAAUGUGUUGUUGAAAGAACCCUGAAGAAUCAAUAUUUGAUCAUGUUGGAGAGUAGGAAUCCUGUGAACUGCCUUGGUAUUUGAGAUGAUAUUUUCUAUUUUCAAUAAUUGACUUGUUUCACCCUAUGGGCACUCUUUGUUCUCUACAUAAGAGAGCUAGAUGUGGUCAAAUUAAAAUAUCAUUAACGGACAGAAUAUGAUAAUCCUGAACACUGUGGGGAUAAGGAGCCUCACAUAACUUGAAUUUAUUUACUGUUAUUCAUGGUUUGUUAGAUGUAAGAUAAGCCCUCUUGACAGUCUACAAUCAUGAAUGGUCCUGUAAUUUGGCUGGCAAUCAGUAAUGCCGCCCUCCGGGCCUGCGAAUGGAUUUGAUUGACAGACAGCUGCCUCUGAAGCCUCUGCACCUCAGCUUCCAUCCUCUGGUUCUUGAUAUUUUCAGGAUAUUUUCAAGGAGCAGCUUGAGACCGUUUCUUCUUAAGGACUUUCAUUCUUCUUAAAGUGGCACUAAAUGCAUGGAUGACUUCUCUCCACACAGCUGAUCGUUUUCACCAGCUGGUCUCUGAUUCUUUCUAAGUGCUUAUUCUUUCUGUCCUGAAACUCAUUCAGCUUGUUCUGCCUUUCCACAAAUGUCCACAUACAGUGCAUCCUUUUCAAUUAUUUUGCUGUAAUAGUAUCUUAUGAUGUCAUGGGUCUCAUCCCAGCUCUUGGUAGAAUCCACAACAGAUUUGUAAAACUCCUCCAGAGACAUGGAAUAGGCAACAUCAAAAUCAGACUCCCUCUCUCGCUCUCAUCUCCACCAAUAGUGAAGAUCACAGGCUCAAACCUUCCAAUGGUAUCAACUAAGGGUACUGUUCCAAUGGUAAACAUCGUCAGACCUUUGAUUCAGAAUAAGAUUGCAAGAGUUGAUGAAAGUUGUUCCAAUGAAGUUCUAUAAUUAUCCGCCAGAGAGACAGAAAAGUCAGAGGAAUCUUAGCUUGCCAGGUGUGGACUGAAUUCAGAAUUCAGAAAUUCUCUUGGCAACAAUUUAACCAAAAAUGCAGAAUUCUAGGGUCCCUUGGAUACGGAAUGCAAAGCCUUCACAACAAUGAUUUAUAUCAUAACAAUUCAAACAAACAUUCAGAAUUCUAGGUUUUCCUAGGAAGAAACAUGUAAAGACCUUAGCAAAUAAUGAAGUUGUAGAAUGGAAAAUACACUUUGCAGUGUUGACCAACAGAGGGGGGUGUUGAGCUGUAACAGGAGUUCAUAUUUCUGUCUUGGCUGAUCGUUAUUGGAUGAUUAUAGUAUGUCGCUAGAGGGCUGCAUUACAGGCCCUGACCGAGAUCAUUGUUGCGCGGUCGUCAUUUUUCAUGCUGCAGGGAGCGGGUGGUCAGACUGAGAACUUUAGGAUGAACAUUUCUUUUUUAGUCCCGCAGAUUAUUUGGAAACGGUAGUCUUUCCGUUUUGUAUACGUUAACCUAUCUAUUGUAUUAAAAGCAAAUCUCUGUCACACUAUUCACAACUCUCAUCAUUCGCUGCUUCAAGUUAAGUAGCCUAUCUCUCCUCUCCUAGUUGGGCGUGCGGGAUCAAGUGUGCAUUUGUUUGGAUCUGACAAGAUGGCGGCGAUAGACAUGGUCGCUCCUGUUCAUGGCUCCUAAGUAACUUAGCAAAAUGUGAUUUGAUUUGACUCAAUUAGAGUAGGCAAUAUGCAUGGGUGGAGAAGCAUGGGGCAGGUGCAACCCAAAAAUGUGAUCAUCAUUGAAAAGGAAAAGGCGCAACGCUCACUCUUUGCGCCUUUUCCUUUUCAAUAAAUAGCCUAUUACCAUUUAUUUGCAAAUCGUCCCGCUCCUAAAGGUAGGCUAUAUGCAAAACGUUGCUCAAGAGAAAGUGCAAGUGUAUGCUCUCCUCCAACUCUGGCUCUCUUUCAAACUAUGUUUAGCCUGUUGGCUGAUAUAGCCCAGUAGGCCUAAUACCGAUAGCCUAAAACAAUGGACCGAGUGAGAAUCUCUGGUAAUUUAACCUAUUUCUUAGGUUAUUUUUGUGCAUACAGUGGGGAGAACAAGUAUUUGAUACACUGCCGAUUUUGCAGGUUUCCUACUUACAAAGCAUGUGGAGGUCUGUAAUUUGUAUCAAUGGUACACUUCACUGGAGAGACGGAAUCUAAAACAAAAAUCCAGAAAAUGACCUGUAAUUUUAAGAAAAUUGCAUUUAUGCUUACAUAAGUAUUGAUCACCUACCACCAGUAAGAUUCCAAGACUGUAUUUUUCAAAUUUUCUACUCUUACUGCUGACACCUUUUAAGUAUGUAUAAAGGCACCGCCACAUCAUCAAACAACUCAGACCUCUCACAAUGGCCAGAAUGAACAAUUGUAAUUUUAUAUUAAUUUGCAUGUAUGCAUGACAUAGUAUUUAUACAUCAAAAGCUUUAAUAUAUGGUACAGACCCUUUUUAUUUUUAUUUUAUUUUUUAUAUUAUUUUUAUUUUUGUCAUUUAGCAGACCUCUUAUCAGAGCGUUAAUUAUUUUAUAUUAUUUAUACGCCCUAGGAUGACCCACACCCUGCGUGCAACACCUGCUUAGAGCUAAUCCUGCCGGCCAUUCCCCCAUACAACCUGCCAUGUGCGCGCCCAGGGUCUCAUUUGUUGCAAUACAGAGUCAUACGUUUCUGUAGGUCUCCAGUUCACACCUGCACCCCAUUCUCCAUAAGACCUUCCCGCUUCAGGUUUCGGGGCUGUCGCUGGCAAUACAGACUUUCAGCUCCCUCCAAAGAUGUUCUAUUGGGUUCAGGUCUGGAGACUGGCUAGGCCACUCCAGGACCUUGAGAUGCUUCUUACGGAGCCACUCCUUAGUUGCCCUGGCUGUGUGUUUUGGGUUGUUGUCAUGCUGGAAGACCCAGCCACGACCCAUCUUCAAUGCUCUUACUGAGGGAAGGAGGUUUGUUGGCCAAGAUCUUGCGAUACAUGGCCCCAUCCAUCCUCCCCUCAAUACGGUGCAGUCGUCCUGUCCCCUUUGCAGAAAAUCAUCCCCAAAGAAUGGGGCCAUUUCCACCUCCAUGCUUCAUGGUUGGGAUGGUGUUCUUGGGGUUGUACUCAUCCUUCUUCUUCCUCCAAACACGGCAAGUGGAGUUUAGACCAAAAAGCUCUAUUUUUUUGUCUCAUCAGACCACAUGACCUUCUCCCAUUCCUCCUCUGGAUCAUCCAGAUGGUAAUUGGCAAACUUCAGACGGGCCUGGACAUGCGCUGGCUUGAGCAGGGGGACCUUGCGUGCGCUGCAGGAUUUUAAUUCAUGACGGCGUAGUGUGUUACUAAUGGUUUUCUUUGAGACUGUGGUCCCAGCUCUCUUCAGGUCAUUGACCAGAUCCUGCCGUGUAGUUCUGGGCUGAUCCCUCACCUUCCUCAUGAUCAUUGAUGUCCCACGAGGUGAGAUCUUGCAUGGAGCCCCAGACCGAGGGUGAUUGACUCGUCAUCUUGAACUUCUUCCAUUUUUCUAAUAAUUGCACCAACAGUUGUUGCCUUCUCACCCAAGCUGCUUGCCUAUUGUCCUGUAGCCCAUCCCAGCCUUGUGCAAGGUCUACAAUUUUAUCCCUGAUGUCCUUAGAGAGAGGAGGAGAGAGGUCUCGGAGACAGGACAGGCCAACAGAGGAUCACCCAUAGCGACCCAUACCACCAAAGGUCACACUAUUACCCGAACAAGACGCGAGUAUAGCCCCGAAGAUCUCCCCACCCAUGAGCUGAGGAGGAAGGAUUGGAGAGCCCGGCAGCCAGUGCUGCUUAAGGGCAAGGCAGAUAUGGGAGCCGCCAGCAGAGACAGCAGUGGUCGUCACUCCAGUGCUUGUCCCACCUCGCACCCCUGGGCUAUACUACACUCAAUUAUAGGACCUACUGAAGAGAUUGAGACUGAGUCUGCAUUCUAAAAUCGAUCGGCAGACCAUUCCAUAAAAAUGUAGCUCUAUAGGAGAAAGCCCUGCCUCAAGCUGUUUGCUUAGAAAUUCUAGGAACAAUAAGGAGGCCUGCGUCUUGUGACCGUAGCCUACUUGUUGGUAUGUACGGCAGGACCAAAUCAGCGACAUAGGUAGGAGCAAGUCCAUGUAAUGCUUUGUAGGUUAGCAGUCAAAUCUUGAAAUCAGCCCUAGCCUUAACAGGAAGCCAAAUAAAACUGGAGUAAUAUGAUACACUUUUUGGGUUCUAGUUAAGAUUCUAGCAGCCGUGUUUAGCACUAACCAAGUUUAUUUAGUGCCUUAGCCGGAGAGUAGAGCAUUGCAGUAGUCUAAUCUUGAAGUGACAAAAGCAUGGAUGAGCUUUUCCGCAUCAUUUUUGCAAAGUUACGAAGAUGGAAAAAGGAGAGAUCAGGGUCGAGAGUAACGCCGAGGUUCUUCACAGUUUUAUUUGAGACGACUAUACAACCUUCGAGAUUGAUUGUCAGAUCCAACAGCAGAUCUCUUUGUUUGGAACUAGAACUAUCUCUGUUUUGGCUGAGUUUAAGUGAUGGGUCACAUUUGAGGAAAGUGUAAUUGUGGUUUUAAUUCGAAGGCUGCCCUAUUCAAUCCCAGGCUAUAGUGCCUAAAGCACAGUAUAGGGUACGAGAUGCUUUUCAGAGAAUUACUGUGCAAAAUGUACUCAUGGUUUUGGUUCCUAAAAAAAUGACAUGGGUAGAAUAAAAGCAUGCGUUAGCUUAAGGUUUUGGUUGUCUGGUUCAUUCUAUUGGUCAUGCUGUGAUCCAUUUACCCCCCCCCCCUCCCCUCCCCUCCCCCCCUCCCCUCCAACCUCAGCCUAUAAAAAGCAGCGGGUGCGCUUCAGCAACAUCAUGGAGGUGCGCCAGCUCCCGUCCACACAGGCCCUGGAGGCCAAGCUAUCACGCAUGUCCUACCCCGCCGCGAAGGACCACGAGUCCAUGCUCCGCACAGUGGGAAAGCUCACCGUCACCGACGUGGCCAAGAUCAGUUUCUUCUUCUGCUUUGUGGUAAGUUAAUUAAAGUCUAAUUCAAUUAACUUUAUUUUUAUCCUGUGAGGGAACUUGUUUUGUCAGUGUCUGUAGACAUAUGACUUGGUAGACUCUCAGACGUUCUGUAUACUAGCUUGGAACUUCCGUAUUAAGUUGGAGGGGGGAAAAAGUAUAUUUAAAAUGUGUCUUUGGAGUACCUGCAUUUGGGAUCUGGUUCAAAUGCAUUUGGCUAUAAGAGCUUUUUGAUGUCUCAACUUAAUUUUAGUAGUUGAACUUGUCAAUUUGCUAGGUAAGUUGACUAAAAUGUCUCUUAUUAUCAUUGAUGAGUUAUUGCUGGUGGGACUACUAAUUUUGCUAAAGAAUACCCUCAAGAAGUCAUGGCUUUGGACUUUUCCCUUCAUGAAUAGUGUAAAUGAGUAUAAAUUAACACAUUAUGCAUGCAGAAUCCUCAACUCGUUUGUCUUACCAACAUUGGGCUUGUAAACAAAUAUUUGUAUCAUAACUCAUUUCCCACAUGAGCAAUGACCCAGAACUGAGGGUAGACUACACCCACAAUGAGUAAUAGUAAGUAAACUACCAUCUUUGGUACAAAUCAGAGGUGUAUCACACUGACACUUCUCCUCUCCUACUUCUCUCCCUCACAGUGGUUCCUAGCCAACCUCUCCUACCAAGAGGCCCUGUCGGACACGCAGGUUGCCAUAGUGAACAUUCUGUCCUCCACUUCAGGUGAGUCCAUAGACUAAAUGUGACAUUACUCAGCCAAAUUUACAUGUAGGAUCUUACAAUGAAUAGAAAAAACACUGAUUAUUACUUUUUUCAAAUAGUCAUUAUUGGGCCUUUGGAAUAACAUUGUUGCAAAGAAAUGUUCCGAUGUUGGAAAACCACAGCAUGUGUAUUUAAACAUGUCACCUUGAACAGGUUGAACUCUGUACAGUACGUGUUGUGAACGGUCUCACUGUUAUUGUCCUCCUCCAGGUCUCUUCACCCUCAUCCUGGCGGCCAUAUUUCCCAGUAAUAGCAGCGACCGCUUUACUCUGUCCAAGCUCUUAGCUGUGGCUCUGAGGUAAGCCUUGACAUCAGCUGAAUUAUUGUAGUUACUCUGGGUUGUUACUCUGUAGUUACACUGUUUCUCUGGUCUCUUUCCCCGUAGCAUGGGAGGAGUGGUUCUGGUCAGUUUCUCCAGCAUGGACAGCACUGACGGAAAAGGCACUAUAGGUAACCAGGGAGAUAGAAGUGUUCCAGAUAAACUUCCUUUCUCAAAAUUAUAUUCCUUAUUCCUGCCUCCUGUUACCCUCCUAUCCCACUUCAAAUUGGUUGUAUUUGUCAUGUCUUGUACUGUACUUGAUCUACUACUUUAAAGCGUCCUUGUGUCAUAUAAAUACAAUGUAUUAUUGAACCAGUGCAAGCCAUGCCACGAUGUCACGUUUGCUUGCAUUGCUAGCAGAAAAACCCUUUGGCGUGUAACCAUGAGAGUUGUAACUCAUGAUACAGGAAUGUAUUAGCGUAAGAUAACGUGAUGAAGUCAUGUUGUGUUCAGGCUCUCUGUGGUCGUUGGCUGGGGCUGCUCUGUACGCAGUCUACAUCGUCAUGAUCAAGAGGAAGGUGGACCGGGAGGACAAGCUGGACAUCCCCAUGUUCUUUGGUAAGUAG